CUCACCAAAGAAGUUCCAGGUUAUGGCUAUAACAACAAACUCAUCUUGGCAAUAUCUGUGACUGUAGUAGUGAUGAUUUUGAUUAUAGUUUUCUGUCUCAUUGAGAUUUAUUCUCACAGAACAGCAUCCGAGGAAGGUAAAGAAGGAAGCUCAAGGGGCUUCUUUCAAUCUCUGCUGCGGAAGAGACGCUCAACAGAAAGUGAGAGUCAGGAGGGCUUUUUCUGGAGAAGGCGGCCACUUUGGCUUCGGGACAUGUACAGACCUCUCAAUGCCACACGCAAGAAAAACAUGGCACAGAAGCUGCAUGACAGGGAUUCUUCUGAUGAGGAUGAGAUUUUCAACAAGGAACGGGGAGAGAAAAGUGAAGCCCCAGCAGAGAAGGCUCAGGCCACAGAUUCCACCACUGAAGAGCUGGGUGACGAGAGCGAGACCCUCACCGAGAUUGUCAUCGAGUGAGCCCGUCUUGCCUCACGUCGCCUACGAAGCUUAUGUUCUGAUAUUGGCUUCUCAGCAUUGCUUGUAAAAUACUUAUUUUUCUCCUAUUAAAAUGUAUGAAUUCAUAACCAA